AUGACCUUCAUGCUCUUUUUUGCUGCAGCGAAUCAAGUGGCAGUAACUGAAAUUCAGGCCCUCGCCUGCUGGACCAUUGGCAUUUGCAGUUACUCUGCUACCGCCUUCCUCCUCAGCAAUGUCAAGGAUUCCUUACCUUUACCUCCGGAAGUUCUCCCCGGUCUGCAUCCAUUAAAAUUUCUACUGGAGUCUCUGGGCAUUUCUGUUGAGCACAUCGUAGAAGGGCUAAGGAAGUGUGUGAACGAGCUGGGCCCAGAGGCCUCUGAGUCCGUGAAGAAACUGCUGGGGGCCCUUACACUGUUGCUGUGAUGGCAGGAUAAAGCAAGAAUGGAAGGAGGAGGAUGGUCUCCUCCUCCCUGGCUGAAACUUGUUCCAUCCUAAAAUGCAAUGGCUCCUGGAAAGAAUGAAUAAAGCAAUGAACAGA